AUGGGCCUCUCAGAAUACCGGCAACACAGGCGUGACUGUGAGCGCAAGCAAUCCGAACGCUCCUCCAAGAUCGCGACCCUCCCGAAAACGUAUCUGUACCCUCUCUCCCCGGAAGAACGCACUAUUCUCGGCAAGCCAAUCCAGGACCUUGUCCAGGAUGUACAUACACAGGUCACUGAUCCGGUCGACAUCUUGCGUGCCUACGGCAAGGUAACACUGAAGGCGCAGGAGAAAACAAAUUGUGUGACAGAGAUCUUGUUUCCCGAAGCGGAGAAGUGGGCACAGAAUGAGAUAAACCUCAAGGGCCCGCUGGCUGGUAUACCAGUGUCGUUGAAGGAUUCGAUACAGGUUAAAGGCUUUGAUAUUUCGAUUGGAUUCUCGCGACAUACUGGGAAACCGUAUGCCAAGGACGGACCUCUUGUGCAGUUGCUGAAGGAAGCCGGCGCCAUACCUUUUGUAAAGACAAACCUACCCAUCACUCUAUUGUCUUUCGAAUCGACCAAUGACGUCUGGGGUCGCACCACCAAUCCUCAUAACAAUAAUUACUCGCCGGGCGGGUCUACAGGAGGAGAGUCAGCACUGCUCGCUUUCGGCGGCAGCCGCAUCGGCAUUGGCUCGGACGUCGCAGGCUCAGUGCGAGUCCCCGCGCACUUCUCGGGUUGCUACUCUCUACGUUGUUCAACCGGCCGAUGGCCAAAGAUCGGUAUGAAUACGAGCAUGUUUGGCCAAGAAGCCAUACCCAGCGUUUUCAGCCCAAUGGCUAGGACGCUGAACGAUCUGACCUACUUCUCCCGCAGCCUCAUCCAAAUGAAGCCCUGGAGGCUCGAUUAUACGGUCCACCCGCUGGAGUGGAGAGACAACAUCGAAGAAGAGUACAGAGCAAAGAAGAAACUGAGAGUGGGUGUUUUACGUACCGAUGGUGUUGUAGACCCUGCUCCAGCAUGUGCCCGCGCUCUCGACGAAGUUGCUUCUGCCCUCGCCGCCGAAGGCCACGAGGUAUACGAUGUGAACCCGCCGUCGCCCUACGAGGCUCUCCAACUCGCAUCUCAGCUCCUGCUCAGCGAUGGAGGCAACACCUUCCUAUCUGGCUUCCGCACCGGCGAAUGGAACGACCCUGGCGCGAAGCAAAUGGUUUAUUACAUGCAACUGCCACAACCUAUCAAGUACGUUUAUUAUCUCUGGGUGAAGUACAUCAAGCGCGAUCACAUCUGGGCCGGUCUGCUGCGGGACUGGCAUCCGAAGUCUGCGUAUGAGUACUGGCAACUGGCAGGUAAGCGGGAGGUGUAUAAAGCCAACUUCUUCCAAUGGUGGAACGAUGAGGCAAGGAUGGAUGUCAUGAUUACGCCACCGAACGCUACACCUGCUGUGCCGCAUGAUGGUAUGCAUGAUGCGGUCAGCAGCUGUGGCUAUACCUUCUUAUUCAACCUGCUGGACUACACUGCUGGCGUUUUGCCUGUGACUCAUGUCGACCCAGCAAGAGAUCAACUACCGGCUACCUUCAACUUUAAGCAAUUGAACGGCGUAGCUAAGGGCGCGUAUAAACAUUACGAUGCUACAAAAAUGGCGGGCCUUCCUGUUGGUGUACAGGUGGUAGGACGGAGGCUGGAGGAGGAGAAAGUACUCACGAUUAUGGAGCGGGUUGAGGAUGCGCUUGACAGGCAUGGUGGUCGGUAUCAGUUACUUGAGGUCGAUUAG